AUGAACGACCAGAAACAAGCACAUACCACUACAGAGGCACAGUCUCAGGUGUCGGUCUCGGCUCCUAGUCAAAGGUCCCACAGCAUGGAACAGAAGAGUCUCCAGCCCGGCGAUACUGUGGGCAGGGACAACGACUCGUUGCAGUUCGACGAGACAGGCACACUUUACCCUCCGCUCUGGAAGACAAUGCUGAUCAUAUCCGGCUUGUUCAUGGGCGUGUUCCUCGUGGCCCUGGAUCAGACCAUCAUUGGCACCGCUAUCCCCAAGAUCACGGACGAGUUCAAAACAAUUCAGGAUGUGGGCUGGUAUGGCAGCGCCUAUUUCCUCACGAGCACUGCGCUGCAACCAUCGUACGGGCGCAUCUACAAAAGCUUCGAUGCGAAGUGGGGGUUCUUGGCCGCCAUCUUCCUCUUCGAGCUGGGAUCCCUGAUCUGCGCAGCUGCUCCCACGAGCGCCGUCUUGGUGGGCGGCCGAGCCGUGGCAGGUCUUGGCGUUGCCGGCAUAUUCUCCGGCUGUACGGUUAUUAUGUCCUUCAUCGUUCCCCUGGACAAGCGCCCGCUCGCGUUCGGCUUGUUUGGAGCAGUCUGGGGAAUAGCCCUCCCCAUUGGAGCCAUAUCGGCUGUCGUCGUAUUGCUGGUCCUCAACCCUCCCCCUCGACCCAAGUCGGAGACCGAUAAGCCCGUUCUAGUCCGAAUCAGAGAGCUCGAUCUUGUCGGCGCGCUUCUUUUGACAGCAGCUGUGACUUGCCUGUUGCUGGUUCUCCAGUGGGGCGGCAAAGAGUACCCCUGGAACGAUGGACGUAUUAUCGGUCUCCUUGUCGGAUUCGGUAUCCUUACCAUCGUAUUCAUGGGGACGCAAAUUUGGCUCGGCGAGAAGGCCACCCUACCACCCCGCAUAAUCAGCCAAAGGACAGUCGCCUCUGCUUGCGCGUUCGUCGUCCUAUUCGGUGGCUCCGCAUAUCUCUUCAUGUACUACCUACCCAUUUUCUUCCAGAGCAUACGGGGCUCCUCUGCCAUUCAGUCCGGCAUAGAGCUGUUGCCCAUGUUGUUGGGUCUCGUGGUCUCAUCCUUUGCUGUGGGUGCACUGGUCACUAUGUUGGGCUACUACACGCCCUUUUUAAUCGGCAGUACUGCUAUCUUUGCCGUUGGUGCGGGUCUUAUUACGACUUACUCUGCGGAGAUCUCAAACCCAAAGUGGAUCGGUUAUCAGAUUCUAGCCGGUGCUGGUCUUGGUGCCGGAUUUCAGGUACCGCAGGCCGCAGUUCAGACUGUGCUCGCUCAGGAAGACAUCCCCGUGGGCUCCUCGGCCCUCAUUUUCUUUCAGAACCUAGGUGGCUCGAUCUUUAUCUCGGUCGGCCAGUCUGUCUUUCAGAAUAGUCUUUCGACGGCGCUAAAACAACUUGCCCCUACAGUAAAUCAGGCGGUUGUUUUCUCCGCAGGAGCCACGGGACUCGAGAAAGCGCUAGAGGACGUCGGACAGGGCAGUGCCUACCAGGCAGUUUUGGAUGCUUACACCCGUGGCCUCCAGGAUACCUUCCGAGUCAGUCUGGGGCUCGGAUUAGGGGCCCUGCUCGCCACGCUGUUUGUGGAGUGGAAGAAUGUUAAGCAGGGAAAUGGCAGCGGUAAUAAGGGGAAUGACAGCCAUCCCAUGCUGGCAGUCUAG